AUGGGGCGGCUCAGGGCGGCCAGCGCUCGGCGGUCCCGGCGGGGCAGCGCCGCCGCCAGCCCCUCUGCGGGCUCGGCCGGCAGCGGCCGCGGUAAGGCCGCGCUCAGUGCCCCGGCCGGGCCGGGCGCGCAGGAACCGCCCCCCGCGCAGGGAGACUUCGAUCUCGGGGAGCAGCGCGGGCGCUGGGCCGCGUUCCAGGAGCGGCACCGGCUGAGCUGCGAGGAGGCGGCAAGGCUGCUGCUGGAUGCCUUUGAAUACCGGGGUUUGGUUAAGCACACUGGAGGCUGUCACUGUGGAGCAGUCCGCUUUGAGGUCUGGGCUUCAGCAGAUCUGCAUGUUUUCAACUGCAAUUGCAGCAUUUGCACAAAGAAACAAAACAGACACUUCAUUGUUCCAGCCUCACGCUUCAAGCUGCUGAAGGGUGCCGAUAAUUUGACAACAUACACCUUCAACACCCAUAGUGCCCAGCACACAUUCUGCAAGACCUGUGGUGUACAGAGCUUUUAUACUCCUCGUUCUAAUCCAGAUGGUUAUGGAAUAGCUCCCCAUUGUCUGGAUGAGGGCACCGUGCAGACCAUUAUCACAGAGGAUAUCAAUGGCAAGGAAUGGGAGAAGGCUGUGAAGGAACACAAGACCAUCAGAGACAUGUCAAAACCCUGACACACUCUUCCAGCAGCUGAUGUUGAGGCACUGCUGUGGAACUGUAGCCUGGGCUUUCCUGGGUGAGGCAAAAUCCGUCUCUACAUUAUUGUUAUCUGUUCUCUGUUUCUUAAAUAAAUCUUUCUAUGCUGCCUGUCCCAUUCA